GCUUGUCUUCUAACUACCACCAUGGUCACUCGUAGGCCUCGUCGAUGGCUUCGACUGCAUUUCCUAGCUCUGGCCCUGCUUUUCGCGAACCUCGCGGCUGCUUUAGAUUUGGGUAGUCCGACAGACUAUGCGCCGCAAGUCUCUGUUACUUGCCCUGAUACCUCCGCCACACCUCUUGUCCGCGUCUUCACCCCCCAAACCCAAGCUUUACACCCUCUCGAAGCUAACUAUAUCUCUGAACGGGAAUCUACUGUCAUUGCCAACGCAUGGGAAGAAUGGCUUGGUGACGGCUCGGCGAUCGGUUACAACUUGAGCGCUUUUGGUGGCAACUAUUCAAGAGUGGGAAUUGCAAUCGCUGGUGGCGGCUACCGUGCAGCACAGCUCGGUGCUGGAGUUCUCUCAGGUCUCGAUGCACGAGAUGAAGUCGCUAAGAAAGCUGGGACAGGAGGUUUCCUGCAGGUGGCAUCGUAUAUUUCUGGACUUUCCGGUGGCAGCUGGGUAACGGGUUCAAUGUUCUUUAAUGACUGGCCAACAAUACCAGACUUGGUCUUUGGAAAUGGUGGAAAUCUAUCAGGUUGGGUCUUAGAUUUGAAUCUCGCAAGUCCAGACGGGUUGGAUCUAUUUGACAAUGACAACCAAUAUUUCUUUGGGAGUAUCUUAUGGAGCGUUGUGGCGAAGGCUGACAAAGGCUUAGAUACGAGCUUGACAGAUCCAUGGUCUCGCAUGAUCUCCUAUCAUUUCUUAAAUGGCACAAGUCGCCAGAACUUCUUCACGAAUGAUUCUGCACAUGGAGCUGGGCAAAUUUGGUCUCGCAUUCCGGAGAUCCCUGCUUUCCAACAGCAUAUGACGCCUUUCCCCCUCAUCGUCGUAAAUUCAAGGCCUGUCGGUUCAAACCUGACAACUAUUUUGUCUCCUGAACCGAUCGUCUAUGAGGUAACACCAGCUGAAUUUGGUUCCUGGGAUCCAAACCUGUCGGCUAUGGUCAACCUCACUUACGCUGGGACUCACUUCAAUAAUGGGACACCACCAAAUAAUACAGCAUGCGUCACUGGAUUUGAUCAGGCCGGCUUCGUAAUGGGGACGAGUGCCAGUUUAUUCAACCAAAUUCUUGACUUUGCCCAUAACCAAUUACAAGGAUUCAGCAAGGGCGAUGCCUCGUCCUUGCUGUAUGUGUUAAGUAGGCAACUUACGGAAGUCCGAACUCGUGCAGACGAUGUUGCAAACUGGCCAAAUCCGUUCCAAUCCUUGAAACCCGACACAUUCGAGGACUCAAACUCGACAUGGCUUGACCUGAUUGACGGCUCGUCGAAUGAAGAGAACGUGCCUUUGGGUACUAUGUUCGUGAAAGCACGAGGUCUCGACGUUAUCCUCGGCUUAGAUGCAAGUUCGGAUGACCCGAACCUCCGUUGGCCAAAUGGAUCGUCAAUUGUGUUCAGUCAGCAAAGGAUGACGAAUUUACUUUCAUCAUCGCAUCAGGGCUUCCCACCUAUUCCAAAUGGUACCGCCGGUUUUAUAGAGACGGGAACAAACCAGAGGAUUACAUUCUUUGGAUGCGAUCCAAGUCAUAAUCCUCCGGAAUUCCCUCUCCUUAUGUAUCUACCAAACAAUCCAUCCGUUAACGGAGAUGAUCCUGUUACUAACACCAACACGUUCCAAAUCCAAUAUACUGAAAAGCAUUCAAGACUUUUCCUUGACCAGGCACAGAACAUGACCACCAAUGGAUUCAUACCCAAUCUAAAGGGUGCAGACAAAAACUUUGGCAUGUGCUUCCAAUGUGCGGCGAUUGAUCGUGCACGGUAUAAGCAGACACCAGUCAUCCCACGUUCCGACAUCUGCACGAAUUGCUUCAAGCAGUAUUGUUUCGAUCCAAGCAAUCCGCCGAGCAAGUCUGAGAUCGUUGGACGACAUUACGAGUUCGUCGACCCCGAUCCACAGGGUGCCAGUAAAGUGAAGGACUUCUUCGCUGCACACAAGGCACCGUUUAUUGCAGGUAUUGUCCUGCUGUUCAUUUUGAUCAUCGCUGCGACGGACUUACUAUAA